AUGCCUUACCGACAGAAUGCAUCUGCAACCACACAGCCUAGCAGUGUGAAGGCCAGCACUACGAGACCCGACGACUUGGAUAGCAGUGGUGGUACGAACUUGAUGCGAUGCCACUGGAUACCUGCAGCAGAUGGACCCCAGCUGACUUUGUGUGACGAUGCAGUCGCCGGCGCAGGAGUCGACACUCUGCCCUCGUCCAAGAAGCAGCCGCCUUCUUCCUUCCCGACCGCCUCCAUGACAGUAUCGACAGCGACCACCAAACGCGACUCUGGUGAAAAUGCCACCACCACUCGCAGGAGGCAGUCGUCCAUCCCCAACGCCGCGAAGACCCCAAUGGGUCCGCGUCCUCUGGAUUAUGGCAGCCUGGGGAAGAGGUCGGCCAGCAAUUCGAUGACUCCCCAGUUCAAGUCUGUACGAGGUGCCUCUGCCGUUGCUUCCCACGAUCCGUACACCAACGAGCUAUCCAUCAACGACAUCUCCAGAUUCAGCUUUGCAUCCAUACAGGCAAAACCUCCGACCCGAGACGACCGUGAUGGCUCAUUGGAUUUUGGGGAUUUUCUGGAGCCGACUUUCAAUUUCGACGAUUUCCAAGACACGAUUGUUGGCACUGAACCCAGUCUGAACCAUUUCCCUCUUCCUGGCCGGGGGACUGCGGUCAAAGCCCCUCCCCCAUCCGACGCAUCUGCACCCGACCAAAAGAAGACACUCUCGCAGCCUACGAUUCCCAUACCAUCUCGAAAAGGAUCAGGUGUAGUCCCAGUGACCCGCAAGAGUUCUACGGCCUCGAACACCUCGCGGAAUUCUGUCAAAUCUGACUCGAUGGCCACUGCCACAACUUCCAUCCUCAGAGGACGAAGACAGAGCCAUUUCCCGCCCAAUUCAUUCAAUAAUACAAAUGGUGGUCCUAAAGCACCGAGGAAGUCCGUGGGUCCUGGCACCUUUGUUGCUCCAGAUAAUUCAGAGAAGUCAACCGUGAGGAGACGACCAAGUGCAGGGGGAAGGAAGUCCAGUACGGAAAGCGGCAAGAACUUGUCACUGAAACAUUUGUCUGGUCGGGCUGAAGAGAGUGGUACAGAAGACAUCAAAACACCAAGCACAACCAAAUCAAGGACAUCGUUAGCUCCCAAACGACAGAACUCCAAGGAUUUGCUCACCCCCUCGAGGACACCAGAUCCGUCUCGGUCAACCUCUACUGCAACUCAUCACACACCCACGAGAAGGAGUGGCACGCCUGGAAGGACAACCACUCCAGGUGGAAAUGUUGACCGUAACCGUCGGAUUUCCGUUAUGCCUCAUCAUGCGACUGGGUUAGGAGCUCGUACCGUCAGCCCAACCGAUGCUCGCCGCAUGAAACGAAUGUCGAUUGUUCCCCCAGCACCGCCUUUGCCUCAAAGUCGGAUCUCCCAAGCUCCCCCAACUCCACAGCCUGAGCCCAUGCCCCAGCUUCCUCAGCCCGACCUACAAUCUCCUGCCAUACCCAACCGGAAGAGCUUGACGCCGUCUUCUUCAAGGACCACUCCAGAUCCCAAUCGAAAGUCCUACAGCUCAGGUCAAUCUUUAUCAUCAAAUACUAGUUAUAAUUCUGUCCGAAACGCUGUCACCAACCCUGCCAGGCUUCCCCAGUCAGUCAACUCUUCGAGAUUGCCUACAGCGAAAGCCCGGCUUGAUAUUUCCACGACGACGAACUACGAGUUGGAAGUGCCGCCUGUGCCCGCAAUACCGAAAGCUUAUGAAUCUCCUGGGAGUGAACUCGAUCAGCCCUUCUUCUCGGCGAGGUCUUCUAGUCUUCCACCGUUUGAUGGAGCUAUCUCUGCGAGUCCCGUGGUAUCUACUGUAGCUGACGCUAUGAAAGCGUUAGAGACGCCUCGAGCUUCCAGCAAUACCUCACAUAAUUCCGCAUCUCAACCUCAGCUUCCUCCAGUCGAGCCAGAGCUCAAGCCAAAACCACAACCACAGCCGCAACAACACCCGCAGACUCAAGCAAAAGCAAACAAGAAAUCGCUCCAGACGCUUAGACUACCGCCAUUGAACCUGUUGCCCCUGAGCACACCUACCUCGGCGAAAAUCAGGUCACUAAAUACCAAGUCUGAACCUGGGGAGCCUCCGUCGACACCACCCGGAAUUCGCAACACCAUGAAAACGCCGAGUACACCGAUGACGGCCUCUAAAGCAAGCUUCUUUUCCAGGGGACAUAAAGACGAGGGCCCAACAAUGCGAAGUAGCACUUCGCACCAUGCUCUACGGUCCGAUGAGCUACGGCCGCCCAGCGAGAUCAGUCCAAGCUUGCCUGUAUUCUCCUUUGAAGCAGACAAAACUCGUACGAUUUCUCCAUUUGUAUCGUCGUCCCUGCCAAAGAGCAAUGAUGAAUUUUCGAAUUAUAUGCGACCCAACUUCAUCAAUGAGCUAAACAGGAACCCAAGUCAGCCGCGACCGAACGGACCUCGUGCACCUAGCUUCUCGGUUACGCCGAAAGCCGACGCUCCAGCUGUCCCGAGUCCAGCAGAAAAGCAAGUCGAGAGCGAAUCUGUCUUUUCCACAACAUCACUCAGGAGGAAGUUGAGUCGAAAACGGAGCGAGUCAAAGUUGCCGGAAACAGUGACGCAGGACGAUGACUUGUCCAAAUAUGAUAACAUGCCCCCCCCAAAGCUUCCAGCAUCCGCAAGCUGGGCAAAUGCCCAAGCUGGUGCCGCAAGCCCUCAACGACCGUCCUAUCUUAGGUCUAGGAGACAGACAUCUACUUCAAGCACAAAUAACGGUCCCGAACGACAAGCAAGCUUCGAUAGCACGGCAUCAAACGGUCGUCCCUCACUUGAUUCUGGGAGGAUACUUAUGGUGAAUUCGAACCGGUCGGGAUCUGUAUCAUCUAGCACGCUCAACCAUGUUGCUCACAAACCUGCACAACCACGACAACCAGAUCAGCCUUUGGAUCGCGAUGACCUGGUUGCAGAGGAAGAAAUGAAGAAGCUCGCUUCGAAGCGGAAAGAUUUCGAAUCAGCGGCAAGGGAAUUAGACGGCCUUCGAGCCAGAGCCCGACCUGCUACUCGCAUGUCGCACGUCACCGCCUCUCGCAUUUUUGACCUGAACAUCUUCGAGCGAGGUGAGAUUGUUGAUUUCCCGGAUGUCUUUUUCACAGGGACUUUGAACGCCCGGAAAAUUGUGGGAGAUCCGGGAUCAGCUGCCACCAAUUUUGGAUACGAUGAUGAACGUGGAGAUUACAACAUCAUUGAAGGUGACCAUCUUGCCUACCGAUACGAGGUUGUUGACCUUCUUGGAAAAGGUAGUUUCGGACAGGUUGUGCGUUGUGUUGAUCACAAGACUGGGAUUCUCGUUGCAGUGAAGAUCAUCCGGAACAAGAAGAGAUUCCAUCAGCAGGCUCUUGUGGAGGUCAACAUUCUGCAGAAGCUCAAGGAAUGGGAUCCUCAUAAAAAGCACAGCGUUGUCAAUUUUGAUCAAAGCUUUUAUUUCCGCGGCCACCUUUGCAUCUCCACCGAUCUCCUGGGCAUGAACCUGUACGAAUUCAUCAAAGCGCACGAUUUCCGAGGGUUCUCGUUGAAACUGAUCCGACGAUUCACGAAACAACUCCUUCAAUGUCUGGUCCUUUUGCAACACCACAAGGUUAUCCAUUGCGAUCUCAAACCGGAGAAUAUCCUCCUUGCGCAUCCCGUCCAUUCUGAAAUAAAAGUGAUUGAUUUUGGUUCGAGUUGUUUCGAGCACGAGAAGGUGUACACUUAUAUCCAAUCCCGAUUCUAUCGGUCGCCCGAAGUCAUUCUGGGCAUGUCUUACGGCAUGCCCAUCGACAUGUGGAGCGUCGGCUGCAUCCUGGCCGAACUUUACACCGGCUACCCAAUUUUCCCUGGGGAGAACGAGCAGGAGCAGCUGGCCUGUAUUAUGGAAGUCUUCGGCCCACCGGAAAAGCAUCUCAUUGAGAAGAGUAGCCGGAAAAAGCUCUUCUUUGAUUCGAUGGGUAAGCCUCGCUUGACGGUAUCUUCUAAGGGAAAGAGAAGACGACCGAGCUCCAAGGAUUUACGACAAGUCUUGAGAUGUGACGACGAAGCAUUCCUGGAUUUCAUUACUAAGUGUUUGAAGUGGGAUCCGACACGAAGAAUGACCCCUCACGAGGCGAACAAGCAUGAAUUUAUAACCGGAAUCAAAAUGAGCUCGAGCGCUGCCAGGAGGAACACCCAAUCUGCCGUAAACUCUCCGGUCAAGAGAGGGAACUCGUUGACAACCGCAGUGGGCACCAGACCGCUGCCACAACCUCCAACGACACUGAAAGCGCCGAUCUCGAAUCGGCAGGAGACCUCACCAAAUAAAGCCGGACCGCGGCGCCAGUCAACCAUGACUGGAACGUUCCAAGCCACAGCACAAGCCAAGCGGGCGUCACAUGCAGCGAUGACUUCGUCAGCGUCGAAUCCGAAUCUCUCCAGGCUGACUGUCGGUCAAAGGAGCAUGAGUAACAGAUCUGAUUUAGCUGCUGCUGCCGCCGCUGCCAGUUUGGUGAAGUAA